UGAUGUGGGUCGUGUUUCCGGACGCUUUACAAAAUAAAGCUCGCACUUUUGCCUUUUUGUUAAGAGUCCGGCCGGACACACAACCCACAUGUGCACUCUGGUCAAACAUCCUGAAUAAAGACGACAAGGGUCCAGAACUUGUCGAAUUAGGAGGGGCAGACGCCCGUUUUCAAAUUAUAAUUUUGUUUUAAAUCUAGAAUUUAAUCAAUCAGUCAGCGUUAACCUUGCACUUCCCAACAUGUUUUUUUUAGCUGGCGAAAAUGUCAUUGGUUCGUCCGGUUCGACGCGGGGACAUUCCUGAUCGCAACACCGCUCAUCAUAUUCAUCAUCCUCGGUACCGUACUGCCUGUUACCAUAGCAUCAUCCACUCUAGAACCAACAUCCGAACCCCUGUCCGAGGCUACCGGUCCGCCCGAGAUUGACCCGACAGCCCUAGCCGAAGGGACGACAGCCGAACCAGACGAUGAACCCCUGUCGUAUGCUGAGGCAGGCGGCACACCAAACGCUGCAGAGAUCAUCAUCCCGCCAUUUAUUCUUAUGCUUAUCAUUGUUAUUGGUCUGUCUGUGCUCAUGAUAAAGGCGCAGUUAAUGAGAAACCGUUAUGAAGUAAGAAAGCUGACGGAGGACUAUUUCAUGCAGCCUAGUCUCAGGGACUUGGCAUCAUCAUUCGGGGGCGCCGAAAUGGCGGGCCUACAGGAGAUGAGGGAGGCCGCUACACAUGCAUUUCUGAGCCUAUCUGACAUUGACACGAUUCACAGCAUGGAGCUGUUUUUCAACCGACCCCUCCCCCUAUGCCGUAUCGCCCUUCCAGCUCUUCUCUCCCUAGCCUUCUGUCCUCUGGUACUCUUCAUCUAUCCCGCAGUGGCUCGGUUCUUCUGGCCUCCUGAUCAAUUCCCCGAGGGAACACCAGUCAUCAACGACGCUAUCGCUUGUUUUCUGAUACCUGCUGGUCUGGUUUAUGCAACAUCUUUCGGAUUCUCCUACCAAUCGGCUAUGGAAAAACAACGUUCUCUCAUCAGCAUCGUCUCAGGCGAGGUCUCCAAACUCGACCAGAUUAUCGUCAUGACGUCACAUAUGACGUACAUCACUCUGAAAGAAAAGGCGAUGAUCUAUUGGUAUGUGAAAGAUGAAGCCAUCACUAUAAUUCGUCAGAUUCAAGGUGUUUGUAAAGGAAGCACAGAUAACUACAAGGGUGCUAUCUGCAGUGGACAAAUCUGGAGGAUUGUCCCUAUCUUGCGAAAUUCUGGAGCCAGACAAGAGCAAUGGCACUUGGACAGGCACAUCCUGGAUAGUUUGAUGGAUCACGUGGUCGGUCUGAACUCUGAUUCUGCUGUGAGAUAUGAGGUGAUGAUGACCAGGAUUCAUCCUCUUAAAUGGCUCUUCCUGGAAGCACUCGGUUUCUUCGCUUUCUUUGGUGUCCUACUCCUUGACGCGUCAUCCUAUCGUAUGGAGCUAGCGAUGUGUAUCAUGACUGUAUUCAGUAUAACUAUCCUCUGCUAUGUGGUCGCUGAUCUAGACUCUCCAUUUAAUGGAUUCUUCAGGGUGAACCUCUCGGCUCUACCCGACAUCGUCGACAAGGCAAGCGUCUUCUACGAGCACGUGAUGGAAGGCAAGCACGUUGACGGGCCAGCCGACCCAGGUUCGAUCAACGCAGAAGAGACCGUCAAGAAAACCAGCUCGCACAGUAUCAAUGAAGUCGUUAUUGAAUCGUACGAUGCUGAGAAUACUGUCUGAAUCAAGCAGUUCCAGCAUAAAAGUUUGAAUGAUUUUAUUCUUUCACUUGAUUUAAUGAAGUAAACUAUAGAUGUCGUGCUUUUUAGAGGAAGUGAAGAAUUAAGAGAAAGUGAUAUACCAGAAUGACAAUGGCUCGAUGUCAUAAGCAUGAUUUACUUUUAGUUAAAGGGAGAGAGCUUUUUCUUCUUCUUCCGAUCCUAGGCAAUAAACAGUUCACUUGAAUAUUUGCACGAAAAGAGAAGUGCAUUAACAUGAAGUUUUGUGUGUGUCUUGUUCUUUGUAAAUAGUGUAAAUAGUUCACUACAAAUCUUUAGGAAUUUUAUUUGUAAUAUAUUAUAUAUUUGAAAGGUGUGGUAACGAUUCAAGCUAUAUUUGCUUAUGUUUCAUCACCUUUGUGUGUUCAUUCUUUAAACUGUAUAUUAGUUGCAACUUGUCAUAUAAAACCACCUUAUUCCAGAAGGGUGGUAGUGAAGAACAUUCAAAUGUUUAUUUAUCGACACAAAACUCGACUAAAAAGAGCUUUUCAUUGGAUGAUAAUCAGUUAUUCAGAUAUCGGUAAUGUUUUUGGAAUGUUUAAUUCUGUUUCUUUUAUGAGUACAUUGUUAUUUUUUGUAUUUGUUAGUCUGUUCAUUUUAUUUCUAAUAUGUUGAUAAAUCUGAUUUAUUCAUUUAUUUAUUUGACCAAAUAUUAAUACAGGAUACACAAGAUCUUUAAAACAACUGUUUUUCAUCUUGGUCCUGGAACCUUAAAUAUAGCGUCUGCUUAUAAUAUAUGUUUAUGUAUAGAUCCAGUUUACUUAAUUAAAAAAGAAAUGUUUACGACUGCAUUAAACACACCGUGACAGUCGUUAUUUGUUUUGAAAGUGAAACGAUCUUGAAACAUCCCCUCACCAAACCACAUAAUGGUAUCUCAUGAGAGCGUUUCUUUUUGUUUACCUUAUUAUAUGUCCUGUGCUAAGCAGUGUAUAUAUUUCAUUGAACAGGAAUUACAUGUGUAUAAUAUCAGGUUUACCUUUUUCAAAGGGUAUGGUUUCAGGAUAUGAAAAAAAUAAAAUUGGCCCGUAACAAAAAAACUUGGGAACCGGUCAGUAAUCCACACGUUGCUGAAUAAUUGCAUUUUUUUAAACGUGUUUUUAGCAUCUUCAACAUGCAAGUGUUUGUGGUUUCCAUUUAUUCAUUAAUUUCUUGAAGCUUGACAAAUAUCAACUCACAAAGAACAGAAAUAUAUCUCUCUUCUUUUUUUCUUUACAAACAUUGGCAACAGCUUUUCUCUCCAUCUCGAACUCUCUC